CACACACUAAAAUCAUAUUAACAAGUGCAGAUUUGCAGUUUACUCUAGCGAUGUUUUUGUAACAUGAGUAAAUUUUUUAUAAUUUUAUUUGUUAGUACAUACUUGUCAAGUGUCAAAGGUUUAGAGCAUCUUUUGCACUAUGUGAUUGAUGAUGUUUCUGCUGGCUCUUAUAAAUAUUACAGUCUUGGAUAUGAAGGCCUGGUGAAGAUCAAAUUAACUACGCAGUUUGGGGAUGCUGAUAUUUAUGUUUCAACUAAAACAACAAAACCAACUUAUGAGCCUGAUCAGUACUGUUUACAAUCUACGACUUGUGGGGAGGAUAUAGUUUAUUUACCUGAAGAUUUUAAAAGACCAGUUAGUAUUGGUGUUUAUGGACAUCCUUCUCAUGAAUCAAGUCGUUAUACAUUGUUAGUGUAUCAAGUUAAGGAUGUAGAUAAUAAUUUUACAGAAAAAGAUUCUAGAAACGAUGAUCUGCAAGAUAUUUAUUCAAAGAUGUUGGAAUACGAAAAUCAAAUAUUUUUAGAAAUACUACAAGAAGAUGGAUUAGUCGUUGCAGCAAAAGGUCUUGGAUUAGAAACUAUUUUUAUGAACGUAAUAAAGGCCUACUCUGACCCAGGUCAACUUGUUUUAGUUCUUAACACUAGUGACUGUGAACAGCAAUAUAUUAUAGAACAUUUGAAAAAACAAGGUGUUAAGCAUCUACCUAAAGUCAUCACAGCACAAUAUCUUUCAGAAGACAGAAAGGAUACAUAUGAAGAUGGUGGGGUAUUAUUUAUAACAGGAAGAAUAUUAGUGGUAGAUUUGUUGAAAAAUCGAGUUCCAAUAGAACACGUAAGCGGAAUUCUUGUGUACAGAGCUCAUUCAAUAUUAAACUCGUAUCAAGAGGCUUUUGCUUUACGACUUUUCAGAAAGACCAACAAGACUGGCUUUAUAAAAGCCUUUACUAAUUCAGCCUUAGCAUUUACUGUGGGUUUUGCAAAUGUGGAACAAGUAAUGAAAAAACUAUAUGUAAAAAAAUUGUAUCUAUGGCCUCGGUUUCAUAAAAUUGUUAAUACUAGCUUGUCAAAAGUUAAACCUGAAGUUUAUGAAUUACAUGUGGAACUAACUUCAAAAAUGAUCAACAUACAAACAAGACUACUAGAUAUUAUGAAUGGUACACUUCAAGAGUUGAAGAGACUUAAUAAAUAUCUCGAUUUGGAAGAAUUGACUGUGGAGAAUGCUGUUGGAAAAAAAUUUCUUAAACAACUACAGCAACAAUUGGAUCCUAUUUGGAACCAACUCUGCCCUAAGAGCAAGACAUUAGUAUCAGACUUGAAAGAUCAACGAUAUCUUUUAACAUGUUUGAUGCAUCAACAUUCUGUAUCUUUUUAUGCCACACUUGCAAAAUUUAAAAUAAUGGAUUAUGUUAAGAAUUGUGGUGGCUGGAUUUUGCUCGACCUUUUUGAACAGCUGGAUAAGAGCGCCAAAGAAAGAGUCUACUCUGAGAAAGAUGUUAUGAAGCCAGAACUGGACCCCAAAUGGUCAGCUUUGACAGAAAUACUCUCAGAAAUUGGUUAUGAUAUUAAUAAAAGCAAGAGUAAGGCUCCAGAGAAAAUUCUUGUACUCACUCAAGAUACUAGAACUUGUGCUCAGUUAAAAAAUUGUUUAACCAUGGGAGCAAAAGAAUAUUUAUUGUAUGAAGCUAUGAAAAAAUUAAAACCAACUGAUAUCAAAGAUAAAAAAAAACCAAAUUCGUCAAACUCUUCUGAAUUUACUGAAAGUUCCGAAAAUACUGAAAGUACUGAAAAUACUGAAAAUAAUGAGCCUGAAGCUACCACUGAAGAUGAAAAAGAAGAAAGUGAAAGUUACGUAUUAACUUUUUCUCAAAAACCUCAAACAGAUCAUGAAGAAUCUGAUCUAAAUUCUGAAGAUGAAAUCAGCCCUAGUCAACGUUUUGAAGAAUUUUCCCAGCUUGCAGAUUUAACUUUGUCAGAGUCGUUACCCAACGAACCGUUAUUGAUAAUUCAAUCAGUUAAAAAAGGUGGCGAUUCUAUGUCUCUGCAGCAAACUCUUGAAGAUACAUUGCCAAAGUACGUCAUUAUGUAUACACCGGAUAUCUCAGCUGUUCGACAACUUGAGGUGUAUCAGAAUAAAAAUCCUCCUAUAGCUUUAAAAGUCUAUUUUCUUCUUUAUGGCGGAUCUGUUGAAGAACAAGUUUAUUUAACUUCUUUACGGAGAGAAAAAGAAGCUUUCGACAAACUCGUCGCUGCAAAAACUACAAUGGUUAUUCCUGCUGAACAAGAUGGUAAACAUUCUGAACCUGAACCCACGUCUACAGAUAAAGCUAACGAAAAUGAAAGCACGCGUAAAGGAGGACUUCAGGAAGAUCAAGUUGUUCCUACGAACAAAGUUAUUGUGGACAUGAGAGAGUUCAGAAGUGAAUUGCCAUCCUUGCUGCAUCAACGCGACAUAGAAAUUGAGCCUGUUACAUUACUUAUAGGGGAUUACAUUUUGUCACCAGACAUUUGUGUGGAAAGGAAAAGUAUUUCGGAUUUAAUUGGAUCGCUAACAACUGGCAGACUUUAUAAUCAAGCAGUUGCAAUGUCAAGAUAUUAUGAAAAGCCCAUGCUUCUCAUUGAAUUUGAUCAAAAUAAAACUUUUGGAUUGCACGGAAAAUACUUUGUUAGCAGAGGUAUGAGUAGCACUGAUAUAACUAAUAGAUUGAUAUUGCUGACAAUGCACUUCCCGAAAUUAAAAUUGGUAUGGUCACCAAGUCCUCAUGCAACUGCACAACUUUUUGAAGAAUUGAAGCUUGGUCGACCGCAACCAGAUGGAACGAAAGCUGCGCAGAUCGGGUUGGAUGACGAUACGGAUGAUAAAACUCUGAUGGCUGAAAAAUAUAAUUGCCAUAUUCAAGAUUUUGUUGCAAAGUUACCAGGAAUUCACUCAAAAAAUUUACGUAGGAUUCUGGACCGUGGUCAAUCACUUGAUCACUUGAUUUCAUUGAGCAUGGAUCAGUUGUUACAAAUAGUAGACAACAAAAAUGAUGCAGAGUUGUUGUAUAGCGCACUCCAUGAUAAUCCAAAAGCACAUUCAAGCUCAAGUAAUUCAGUCAAAGCAGCCACCUCAAAAGUCAAAAGCAGAGGAUUGUUUUAUAAGAAAAAAUAGAAAAAUCAUAACAAU